CUUGAACGCGUUCUCGUGACGCGCCCUGCUCGCUUUCUUGGUUUCCUUCUUGACAUUUACAGGCUGUUCCAAUGGGACCAAACGGUGCUAAGGGAAGCACAGAAGUCCUUUUUUUUGCUGACUCCGACGAUGAGCCCGCUGCUGGGGAUGCUCCCAUGAACGUCGAGGAGGUUACACACUUACCUCAGAGACGAAAUUCGGAGCCACUUUUUCUGGGCAACGAAGAUUCUGGCGAUGAUAGCAAUGCGUACAAAGUAUCCAUGGAUCUGGACGACGAGAGUCAUGAUGUGACGCAAAGGUCGCGUUCGGAGCCUCUCUUUUUGGAGGAUAGUGAAGACGACGAACCCUUGUAUCCUACUGCUCCUUCUGCUUCAUCGAAGGGCAAACGGCCAAUGAUAAAGGAGCCCUGUGAUAGCGAUAUUGAGGUUAGUUCUGUUGCAGACGUGCCUCGGGCGUCGAGCGUCAGUUCGUUCUCAGAUCGGGUCUCCGUUUCUCCUCCACCUGUCACUGGAAAGAGUAAAGAAAAGAGGUCUCCCGAGAAACCGCCAAUAAAGAAGAGAAAGAUUUCGCAUCCUUCCGGUUUACCGGCCGUCGAGCUGGAUAUCACUCUGUUUAAAGCCACCUACAUCGGCGAGUUCGUGGUCCCAAACGCAUGGAGUAAUGUCUCUGGAAAGGGAUAUGUAAAGCGCAAUGAUAUUGUGCGCAUAGAACGUGAUCAAAAGGAUAGAUCACAGUCCACCCCCGGCGAGAAGAAGGAGAAGCCGACGAUGAAAGGGAAUGGGAAAAAACAGCUUUCCAUCGCGACAAUGUUCAGGCCUCAGCCUGUCCAACCAUCUAGAAAGAAAGGAGAUAGUAUUGUUCGCUUGCUUAACAGUCGUGGGCUCGAGUUUGGGCGUCUUCCCCAAGACAUUUCUUCUUGGGUUGCUAAACUUCUUGAUCUCGGCAUUGUCGAGCUUCGCGGAAAGAUGACUGACUGUCCUGAAAGACUAUCGACGGGAGCAAGUCUCAUCGUUACCAUCGAUGUCUAUAUGCUUCCGGCUGCAUUCGUUCCUGUUGGUCGCGCUAGUGAAAACGGGUCAAAAUUAGAUUUCAGCGAAGGUUCUGAGACACAAGGAGAACUGGACCUUCGCGAAAGAAAGAGUGCUGUUCUCAAAAUGUUUGACGUUCUUGGUCUAAAGCCCCAAGCUGGGGCGAUACAGAGAAGCGGGAAACAGGAAGAACAGCUGCACCAAAACGCACUUGCGCAACUCGCUAAGCAAAAGGUCAAGGCUAAGGAGAUCGUCGGUGACGGUGAAGAGAUCGAGGUUGAAGAAGCGGAAAAUCUUUCUAAGAACGAUCUUGACAUGAUAUAUGAAAAAGCUCAGCAAAGUGAUCGUACAAUGGGAGAAAUGGAGCCUGCUGAUACGUUCAAUCUGUCGUUACGAGGUUAUCAAAAACAGGCGUUAUUUUGGAUGCAAUCUCUAGAGUCGGGUAAAAGCGAUGCUCGAGAGGCGACUUCAAUGCACCCACUCUGGUGCCAGUAUGCAUUUCCGAUCAAAACUGACUCUGAGAUAAUAGAUUUGACGGAAGAUGAGAAGCCGUUCUAUUUCAAUCCGUACUCGGGUGAACUGUGUUUGACUUUUCCCAAGGCAGAAAGAAAUUGCCGGGGCGGAAUCCUUGCGUUCGUCUUUAACUUGGGCAUGGGAAAAACGAUUAUGUUGUCUUCUCUCAUUCAUACCCAUCUAGCAUCUGAUAAGGAUGUAUCCGAAGUUGCUACAGCCUCUACAAAAAGCAAGCAACUCAGGCUUGACGCUGCGUUCAAGCCCGCUGCUCGCAGGAAGUCCUCUAAACCUCCUAAUGCAACACUAAUCGUCGCUCCGACAUCUCUACUUGGGCAAUGGGCCGAUGAGCUGGAGAGGUCAAGUAAACAGGGCACAGUCAAAGUUCAGGUUUGGCACGGCCAAAACCGUCUCGAUUUGGAUACAGCCAUGAAAGAUGACGAGGGCGAUACAUCGAUCAAGAUAAUCGUGACUUCUUAUGGUGUGCUGGUGUCCGAGCAUGCUAAGUCUGAGAAGUCCAGUAGUUGGAAUUCUCCUAUCUUUGAGACCGAGUGGCUACGGGUAGUCUUAGACGAAGCUCAUGCCUGUAAAUCGCGGACCAGUAAAACCGCGAAGGCAGUGUACGCUUUGCGUGCGAGACGAAGAUGGGCUGUUACCGGUAUUGUACCUAACCUACUUUUUUGUAGACGAUUCUUGGACUUCAAGCCGUGGUCCGAUUUCUCUUUCUUUCGAUCCUUCAUUACGGUUCCCUUUCUCGCCCAUGAUCCUAAAGCCAUCGAGGUUGUUCAGGUGAUCCUGGAGUCAGUAUUAUUGCGACGUGAGAAAACCAUGUGCGACGCAAGCGGCAAGAAAAUUGUUGAUCUGCCUUCCAAGGAGGUGGUUGUUGAGUACCUGGAAUUUUCGAUGGCUGAAAGGAAGCUGUAUGAUUCGAUCUAUAAUCCGAUCAAGAGGAACUUCGAUCAGCUCAGUGCUAAGGGCUUGGUUGGAAAAAAUUAUACUCACAUCCUGGCGAUGUUGAUGAGGUUGCGUCGUGCUGUGCUUCACCCAAGUCUUGUCCUUUCGCCUGAGGAAGACCGCGCCUUGUCUCCGUCCGGCGAUGGCUUCAUAGAGAUUAAAGAUAUCCUCGGCGCAUUCCAGGAGAAUGAGGGGAAUAGUGCUUCAGGAAGCAACGUCUUCGCUCAAAAUGCUCUUGCCAACCUAGGCGAUGACACUCCCGAAUGUCCCAUCUGUAUGGAUGUUAUGGAUAAACCUAUGCUUGUUGCAGGAUGCAUGCAUCAGUGUUGCAAAGACUGCAUAAACAUGUUUAUAGCAACAUGUGAAGAGAAGGGACAGGAACCUGGCUGUCCGACCUGUUCUCGUCGUCCAAUUAAGAUAAACGAACUCAUAGAAGUAGUGAAACCGCAAAACCCGACAGUCUCUGGACCUGUGGUCAAACAAGGCACUCAAGUUAUACUCAGAAAGAAUAAUUUCCAGUCUUCCACUAAACUCGAUGCUUUGCUGCAGAACCUACUACGACUCCGUGACCAAGAUCCUUGUUUUCGUGCUGUCGUUUUCUCGCAGUUCACCUCAUUCCUUGAUCUAAUUGAAAGGGCGCUCAAACGUGAUCAGUUUGACUUCUAUCGUUUUGACGGUUCUAUGGAUGUCAAGAGAAGAACUGCAGCUCUAAAUGACUUCAAGUCAACGUCAAGGACACCAAAGGUGCUUAUUGUGAGCCUUAAAGCAGGCGGUGUUGGUUUGAAUCUAACGAAUGCUAACCAUGUUUUCAUGAUGGACUGUUGGUGGAACGCUGCCACCGAAAAUCAAGCUGUUGACCGAGUCCAUCGUUUGGGACAACAGAAAACUGUCUAUGUCAAGCACUUUAUUGUAUCAAAUACCAUCGAAGGCAGGAUCCUACAAAUCCAGAAACGGAAAACUGCCAUCGUGAAGGAGGCUUUUAGGGGAAGCGGUACAGGAGCAGAGAAAGAGAGCCUGGAGAAUCUGAAGAUUAUGUUCGGGGACGAGUAGAGCGGCCUAGGACGGGCUUGUGAAAGUCUACGAUGUUGUUGGUGGCUGCGCAUUUGUAUUUAGUUACACCUAGACGAAUCCUGGCUCAAUCCCUUGCUUAGCGGUGGUUACCCGA